AUGGAUGCCACCAUUAUUCCAGUAUAUGGGAAUGGAAAAAGCGAAAAUAGCUGCCAGUACCAGUUGUAUGAAUCUUGCUUGGAGGUCCCCCCAAGGCCUCAAGCACACAGGGUUGAGAGUGUAAGACAACAGCGCAUCAAUCAGCGUAGAGUUCCUCCACUUGAAGAAAGAAUCCAGCAACUCAGAAAUAUAAUUGAUGCAAUGAGUGACCGAACUCAGUCUCCUGAUGCUGGUGAUAUGAAUGCUACAUCAGGAAGAAGCAGUAGACUUCCCACUGCAGAGAGGGUGGGAAAUCAGCAGCGUAUUCCCUAUCAAAUUUCAAGACUUAUAUUGCAGCGAGCUGCUGCCUUUUCUUCAUUUUCAUCUGCAUUGACUUCUGCAAUGGAUUCUGCAGAGAGGAUAGUUGAGGACCUUGAAGCAGCUGUUGACUUGAGAAGAAGCAAUCCAGCGCCAUCACAUAUCGUUGAUGGACAAUUACCUUCUAAUGUUCCUGCUGUUGCUCAACCAGACAGCCCGACUCGACAUAUCACUGCUGAAAUCAAUUCUACAGUAUCCCCUUCAGCUACAUCACCCAGAGCGGUGGAUGUUACUGCUAAUCUUGUAUCUCUUGAAAACCAGACAACAGAUACUGCUAGAGACUUCAAUUCAAGAGCAACCUCUUCAUCUCCAUCUUCCAGAAGAAUAAAUGAACCAUCAGGAACUUCAGAUGUUGAUGCUGGAGUUUCUCAUCCAUCAAGAAGGAGAAGGUUGGAAUGAUGUGGUCUUUUAAACAAGAUUAAAGAAAAUAUGAGGUUUGUUAUCCCCUGUUGUUGCAGUGGAAAUUUGUUCUCUAUACAUAAAAAUGUUGGAAUGAUUAAUCAUGGAACUUUUUUUAUCAUUGUACAUGUUGUGCUCAGCUGUAACAGAUUGAUUGAAUAUGUUGGCUGAUUAUAGAGAAAUAUUUGACUUCCUCCUCUAA